GGAGGAGGCACAGAGCAGAGGAGCCAGCAGCUGACAGCACACUGCAGCCCUGCUGUUGUCACCAUGAGGGCCAUGCUCUGGGACCUGCUGCUGCUCUGCCUCUUUGCCCGGGCACGGAGUGACUGCCGGGGGGACUGCCUGCGCUGCGACCGCCACUUCUACCGGGACGGCUUCGACCUCCUUGUCUGCAUCCUGGAGUGCGAAGGCGAAGCCGUGCCGCGGGCCACCUGGGAGAUGUGUGCCACCAGCAUCCGAUCUGCACCACGUCUGGGUGCCACCGGUGCCGGCGUCCUCGGUGCCAUGGAGCCAGCCGAGGCGGUGGCGAGCCCGCUGCAGGUAAGCGAGCUGCUGCGGCGCCGGGACGCCGAAGACGGAGGUGCUGGGAUGGCGCCGGGCGCUUUCCCAUCGCAGGACGAGGACAUUUCCCGGCGGCUUGGCGGUGGCUUCCCACGGGGGACACGCGGCUCGUGGCCGGCGGCCCGUGGGGUGCAGAAGAGAUACGGGGGCUUCAUCGGGGUGCGCAAGUCGGCGCGGAAGUGGAACAACCAGAAGAGGUUUAGCGAGUUCCUGAAGCAGUACCUGGGCAUGUCGCCCCGCUCCAGUGAGUACGACAUGGCCGGCGACCUCAGCGAGCACAACGAGAUCUAGCCGGCCCCGCGGCACCGCGCCACGGACACGCGCGCCAUGGCCAAAAAAGUCAAUCCAUUGCCCCAGCCCCAAAACCUCCAUUAGGAAGGGUUUCUCCAGGAAGCGAUGGCUGCUUGUUUUUGGUUUGUUUUUUUUUGUCUUUUUUUUUUCCAUUGUACUGUCAAAAUACCGUAAUUUUACCCCCUCUGCCCCCACCCAUCCUUUGCCCCUUUUGCUUUUUCGGUUGGCACGUGUUGCACAAGGAAUGCCAAUUUUGCCCCGCUGAAUGGCGAUGCUGGAUCUUGGGAUGCCCCAGCGCUGUGUUCCCCAUUCCCAAUGGGUGCACAUCAAAAAUGGAAGGGGAAAAAAUAAUGGCUUGGAAGCACCGAGCCCCAAGGCUGGGCUCUGAGUCCCUAUCUCAGUGACACCCCAGAAAUAUCCCUUUGCCGUAGGUCACAUUGUGAUGUUAGGCAAAAGGGGUUUGUCCCCAAGACCAUAAAAGUGUGCAGAAUGUUUCAGCCCCCUCCUCCCAUUAAAUAAAAACAAACAGAAAAAAGGCCAAAUAAAACCAAACCUUUUGCUUCUAGAAAUGACUCUUCCCCAAAGCAUUGCAUUGGAGUGGUGAGCAGGGAGCAUCCCCCCGGCCCCAGGAAAUAGUGCCGGGAUGCUCCGAGCCCCCACCCCAUACCCACCCACACCCCCUAACAGUGAAAUUUAGUAGAAUUUUUCAUUCCCCCCCCCGUCCUUUUUUUUUUUUUUUUUUUUUUUUUGCCUUUUGUUUGUUUGGUUGGUUGGUUGUUUUUGUUUUUGUUUUUUUGCUGUGAAGCAUCUCCCCAAAACCAGGGGAUUCGGCCCCAGCCCCGCAGCCCCCAGGGCAGAGCAUCCUGGGUCAGAGCAUCCCGGAGCAGAGCAUCUUGGGGCAGAGCAUCCCGGGACUGAGCAUCCCGGCCCCUCUCUUGCACUGCUCUCAGCUGCAACUAUUAUUAUUAUUUUUUUUUAUUAUUAUUAUUUUUAUUUUUUCUGUUUUGUUUUGUUUUUGUUUUUGUUUUUGUAGCGUUCCGGCACCGCGUCCCGGCACCUUCCGCCAGGCACAGGCAAAAUUAAACCCUGCUCCUGUCCA